AUGCGAAAUCACCGAGUAGACUCGCAAAAAGUCGCAGAUAAUGUCAAGCUAGAGGUGAUUCAUGAAUCCAAUCCGUACUUCGCAGGCGAAAGUUUACAGGUUCUAAUACGUCUCAGACACUUGGGUUCAUUGCAAGCCAGGGAUCAAUUGGAAGUUAAACUUCAAGAACUGAAGCAACAACAGCAGGAUUUGCAGAAAGAAGCUCAGCAAGAGAAGAGGAAAUCCUGGGUGGUAAAGUCACUCUGGGGGUCCCUUAACAGUGAAGAUAAAGCCGCUAACGAGAAAUAUCAAGCUUCAAAGGUAAAUUUAGAAAAAGAGCUAGAAUUCAAUAGCCCUGUGAGACUCGCUUCUUGUUACACCCAAAUAUAUGGCUGUUUUCAAUACGAUCCAGAAACAAUAAAUUCAAAGGAAUUCGAGCAUCAGGAUCACCACAAAUUAGCGGGUGUAGGCUCUUUGAAGCUGUCUGAGGGAAAAAAUUCCAUCACGGAAGGCUUCGCGGGACUUCUGUUUUCCAAUAUCGAAGACGUGGCGCGUGAAUCCCUCGCUGGACCUGUUGUUGAAUUAAUAAAAGCGCCUUUUUUCGUUAUCCCACAAACUCUCAUUUUCUCAGAAACAAUGUUGGAUCCAGGUCAAACCAGAACAUACCAGUUCAAAUCUCCGCGACUUCCCCAAGAUUUACCCCCAUCUUAUCAAUCCUCGAAGCAGCUCAAAAUCCAGUACUUUCUGAGCUGCGGACUGACCCAAAUCGAGUCCGCCAUGAUCAAUCCAUUCAGCGUUGAAUUUCCAAUUCAUGUAUGUCCCUUCAUUGACGUGCAUGGUCGUCAAUUAACGUCGAAACUGGAUACUGACAUUAGCAUUACAGCUGCAGGACGAGCCAAGGAGCUCAAAGAUAACAUACGAUCGCGCCGUAAGUCAAGUUCUUCGAUUGUAAUGAGGCGAAGAAGCUCACUACUUUCAAUCAGCACUUCUGAAGCAAAAGGAGACGUCAACUUAGAAUGCAAGAAGCUCUUUACACAAUUGGUAAGUUCUCAGGAAUCUUCGGCUGCGCUAGCGGACGGUAUUGAGGGUUUAGUUGAUCAGAUGAUGGAGUGUCAGUUUGGCGUCGAGACGUUUGAUACGUCAGAGGAGGACGACGGCGAUAACACAAACGACCAAAGUCUAAGCUCGGUACGAAAAGACGCCGUGUCUGUGCGAAAUAAUUUAAGCAACCUCUUCCGCAAUCUAGCGGAGGUACCUUCCACCUGGCAAGAUGAAAAACCAAGUGGCGUGUCUGAAGCCGCAGACCUCAUAUCUCAGGUAAAACGGCUACAAAAGGAAUACAUCAUAAACCGAGAUGGACUUUUCAUUGCGAAGGUGGUUUUAUCAAAUUUGUUUUACACGACUGCUGAUGACAUUGAUCUGACUAUACAUUUGGGCAACGAAGGUCCACAUAAAGUUUCUGCUAUCACUACGUCACUGGAGUCAAUUGAGCUAAUAAAUCCAAAAUACCGCAUAGAUGUCACAUCAAGUGCCAGCAAAAAGGGUAAAACAGUGGACCAGUCGCGAGCAAUUUGCUUUGAUGAGCUAUCGACAAUUCAUAUGAAAUUGAUUCCGCAAAGAUCUCCUAGCCGCCAAAUGACCAGCCAAUUCAAAUCUGAUAUUUUUCAGCUCAAAUGGAUGCUUUGUCUGAAAUUUGUGCUUAUCAGUCGUGAGGACAUGCCAGAGCUAAUGCAAAAGUACUACGAAGAUAAAAAUGGGUCGCUAUAUCAUGCGAAACAAGCUCUGGAUGGAAAUGAAUUCAUUUGUCAUCUUCCCUUGACGAUGCUGCCCACAGCUAAGAAUUUUGGCGGCUGGUAA